AUGCCGGCCACGGUGGAGGAGGAGCUCGUCAGUGGGGCGCCGGCGUUGGCGCCCGAGCCGGAGCCGCACUUCCUGGUGGUGACCUACCCGGCGCAGGGCCACAUCAACCCGGCGCGCCACCUCGCGCGCCGCCUACUGCGCGCCACGGGGGCGCGGGUCACCGUCUCCACGGCCGUGUCCGCGCUCCGCAAGAUGUUCCCGGGCGCCGCCUCCGAGACGGAGCCGGAGAGCCACCGCGACGCCUCGGGGGUGUGGUACGUGCCCUACUCCGACGGCUACGACGACGGCUUCGACAAAGCCGUGGACGACGCCACGCACUACAUGGACCAGAUCAAGCUCGUGGGGUCCGCCACGCUGGGUGACGUCCUGGACCGCCUCCGCGGCGCGGGCAGGCCCGUCACGCUCGUCGUGUACACGCUGCUGCUGUCGUGGGUGGCCGACGUGGCACGCGCCCACGCCGUGCCCGCCGCGCUCUACUGGAUACAGCCGGCCACCGUGCUCGCCGCCUACCUCCACUUCUUCCGCGCCACGGACGGCGUCGACGCGGCCAUCGCCGCGGCGGGCGGCGACCCGUGGGCGACCGUCCGGUUCCCGGGCCUCCCGCCGCUCCGCGUCCGCGACCUGCCGUCGUUCAUGGUCUCCACCUCCGAGAACGACCCCUACGCGUUCGUCAUCGACCUGUUCCGCCAGCUCAUCGAGCUACUGGACGGCGAGGACAGCCCCAGCGUGCUCGCCAACACGUUCGACGCCGUGGAGCCCGAGGCGGUGGCGUCGCUGCGGGACCACGGCGUGGACGUGGUCCCCGUCGGCCCCGUCCUCUCCUUCCUCGACGACGACGCGGCGGCCGGCGGCGCCAAGAACGGCGGCAACGACCUGUUCAGCCAGGACGGCAAGGACUACCUCGACUGGCUGGACGCGCAGGCGCCGGGAUCCGUGGUGUACAUCUCGUUCGGGAGCCUGUCGGUGAUGAGCGAGCGGCAGAUCGAGGAGGUGGCCCGGGGCAUGUCCGAGAGCGGCCGCCCGUUCCUGUGGGUGCUGCGGGAGGACAACCGCAGCAGCGAGGGCGCCGCGCCGCUCGGAGGGGAGCGCGGCAUGGUGGUGGGGUGGUGCGACCAGGUGCGGGUGCUGUCGCACCCGGCCAUGGGCUGCUUCGUCACGCACUGCGGGUGGAACUCCACGCUGGAGAGCAUGGCGUGCGGCGUCCCCGUCGUGUGCGUGCCGCAGUGGACGGACCAGGGCACCAACGCGUGGCUGGUGGAGAGGGUCGGCACCGGCGUCAGGGCCGCCGUCAGCGACAAGGACGGUGUGCUGGAGGCCGACGAGCUGCGGAGGUGCCUCGACUUCGCCACCUCCGAGAUGGUGCGCGCCAAGGCCGCCGUGUGGAGGGAGAAGGCGCGCGCCGCCGCGUCGGAGGGCGGCUCGUCGGAGAGGAACCUCAAGGCGUUCGUCGCCAAGCAGAUCGCCGGCGGCAACAACUAG